ACUGCUAGAAACCUCAUCAACCAGGGAAAAGGGGAAAAUAAAUGGCAACUUGGUGUCUAUGCUGGGGAGGCAAUGGGGAGUGGUGGGGUCUGGGCAAACCGGAGACUUCCAAUCCCACGCUGAGGGGGCAGCUGCUCAUCAGCUCCAGCUGGUCACUGCCUUGUAGGAAUGACGGCCCAUGUAGCCAGACUGCCUACCUUUUUUUUCUUUUUUUUUUUUUUGAGACGGAGCUUUUGCUCGUCACUCAAGCUGGAGUACAAUGGCGAAAUCUUGGCUCACUGCAACCUCUGCCUCCUGGGUUCAAGGGAUUCUCCUGCCUCAACCUCCCGAGUAGGUGGGAUUACAGGAUCACCCUUUUUGCCAGCACGUGGCCAGACCUGCAUCUGGAAACAUCCCUCUAGCUUGAGAAUUGCAUUGGAGUGGCUGAAGGCUUGAGGCUUGAAGGCUGAGGACUUGAGGCCCUGCCCACUGGAGUCAUUGGGAGAAGAUGAGGCAGGAGGUCACAGGAAGGGAUACUACUGUUGUGUUGGCCCUGGGACUCGGGGGUCUCAGGGUUCUGUGAGUGGCUCCAGGCCAGUCCCUGGUCCCCAUGGGGUCUUUUUGGGAAGGGGUCGUGGGGAAAGGUUGUUCUCCUUCCAGCCCCACCUGACCUUCCCCUGUUCUCCUCCUAGGUACCCUGAUCCCACAUUCCCAGGUAGGCGGGUCAGAAUCCCAGCCCGCUCAACCCCAGGCCCUUCUUCACAAACUGGUACCUAUGAGCCUAUCUAACUGUGCCCAGAGCCAGGAUGGGGCUCCAGUGACAGGCCCAGCUCACCCAAGUCCACUGCCCCACCCCACCCUCACUUGCAGCUGGGAGGGAGGCCAGCAGGUUGUGUAGGAAAAGGCUGGGCGGGUGUGGAGCAGUGGUAGGACCGCCAUUCAUCUGACUUCACGGCCCACCCUGCAGAGGAAGUUUUUGGGGCUCAGGAAGCCCUGGGCUCUGACCUGCUGCUCCAUGCUGGAUUCUCACUCGCUCCCACCCUGUGAGUGACCCAGAUAUCCCCUCCCCACCCCUUUCCAGACCCAGAGGGCUCAGCAGGAGACACUGAGUGGGAGGAAGGGGAAAUGGAGGCCAGCAGGGGCCAAGCAGCUCCCCAGUUCAACCCCAAGGCUGAGCAGGGCAGUGCCAGCGCCGUGGGCCAGAGGGAGGUGCCAGUGACCACACACCGUGGCAGGGUGUCCUUCACCUUCCGAUCCCCAGGUGGCCAUGGGCUUAUCCACUGUGCCUCCCUGGGGCUUCCAGAGUUGAGACUUGAGUGGCUGGUGCCCCAAUCCCUUUAGGCUGAAGUCCAGGCGUGUUUGCUGCUCCCGCUUUCUGUUUAAUCCGUGACCAGCUGGGGUGGGAAGACAACGAUUUCACAGCACUGCUGAUCAGAAAUGAUAUAACACACCCACCGGCCAAACUGCUCUGCAUGCGUCAUCUGUGAAUGCAACACACACACCUCGGGAGGCACCGGUGACAGACAGCUUGUGCAAGGCCACCCAGCCAGGAAGUGGUCAGGAUGUAUGUCAGGCCAGGGGCCAACACACUGGGGCCGCACUCCUGUCUUCCUGCUACCCUGUCUCUGAGUCUGUCCUGUUAUCCAAGCUGGUGGGGGAGGCUCGGGCCACAGGGCCGGCUCCGGCUCUCCCAUGCCCUCCAGCCUGGUUCAAGCCUUAGGCACCAUCCAGGUCUUCGUCCUCAUGCCCAGAGUCAGGCUUGUGCCCGGGUUAUUGUAGGUCUCAUCAAACCCUGACACAGCCUUAGGAGGCAGCCCUAUUGCCAUCUUCACUUUACAGAGGAGGAAACCGAGGCUCAGAGAGGCCCCCAGCUUGUGAGAGGAGGGGUCUGAGUAGGUGCACCUGGCUCCACGCCUAUGCGCAUCACAGUUCCCAGGGGUCUGUUCUAAGGCGAGGCCUCUGUGGCCACUCAAUGCCCCCACCCCUCCAUCUCGUAGAUCCCACCCCAGGGGGACCCUGGGGCACAUCCCUGGGUGGGCUCAGCAGCUUUCUCUGCAGGUGGCUCCGGGGCAUGGUGAGGCUGAGAACACUGCCCAGUUCCCCACACUCACCUUUCACAACCCAACCGAUGGCGCCAUUGAGCAGGAAGGGUGAGAAAGAGGACACAGGAAGCCGAAGUGGUGGGGCCGCAGGGUGGGGGCGGGCCAGCUUGGCGGAGUCUGGGGCCAGAGGGCCAGACGGCUGCAGGACUCUGGUGGCGUGGGCAAGACUGGCCAAGGAUGGCAACGCCCAGGGGCCUGGGGGCUCUGCUCCUCGCGCUUCUCCCGCUCCUGGCCUUAGGUAAGUGGCUGGCUUCUCACCCUCACCCUGCCCUUCGGAGGGAGGGAGCCAGGGACAGAUGCAGGGACAGGAGAGGGUGAGGAGUUGGGAUGUCUGGGACGUGUCCUCCAAGAGUCCCCCAUGGCUGCCUCAGCACCUCCUCUAGCCCUGUCCCUUUGGGUCAGUCCUGUCCUCCUACUAAACCUUGCUCUCGGGUUCCCAUGGAUGCCCCACAGUGCCCUGGAGAUAGGGGAGGUCAGAGGGUGCUCGUGACUCCCCAGCCUGGGCUGCGGCUCCCUGAUAGGCCUGGCUGUGAGACAGGGUCGGCUCUGGGCAGGCGAUUCUCCAGCUGGUUUGUGGGAUCCUGGGGACGGGAUUCGGACACUCGGGAAGCUGAGGCCAGGAAGGCCUAUUACCUCAUUCGUCUGGCCCUCUCCUCUCGCACACGCCACCCCACUCUGGCCCCCUCUCCCAGUCUCAGCCAUGGCCCCUUGGUCCUCAAUGGCCUGAGCCAGGAUCCAUACUCCUCCCCGUCACCCUCCCGUCUCACACAGGAACACAUGGUGCAUCUCCAGAGGCCGUGGAAACACCCGGCCUUGCCUUUGCUGGCGCCUCUCCCAGGAAAGCUGCCCCCCUGCCCCUUCCCCACCUAACCGGCUCCAUUUACUCUUCUUGGCCUCUGUGGCAUCUUAGCAACCCUCUGGGACAGAGGGAGGUGCUCCCCAUAAGUGCUCCCUCCGUAGUGCUCCUGUCUCAGGGUCUUGUGGGCCGCUCUCGUUUUGCUCCUGACUCGGUGAGGGGCCUGCAGGUCCAUCUCCCUGGGUGUCCAGUGUGUGUUCACAUGGCUUUGGCCUCAUAGAUCAACCUCUUUGAGCUUCAAAGAACCCUAUUCUCUUCAAACAUCAGGAGAUUCAGUGGAGUGAAUCAGUCCCUGGCUCAAAAACAGGGUGGAAGAUGGCAGCACUGUCCUAGUGGCCGCGGGAGGUCCUGGUGCAGAGCAGGCUACCAGGCGGCCCUUGAUGGAUGAACCGGGCCACCGAUGGCAGCUGUGACCAGGGCUCAUGGGCAUCCUCAGGUCCCAGCUGUCAUUGCUGGUUGGGCCUUCGAGGCUCCUCUAGGUGAUGCUGUGUUCUGCAUGGUGACGUGCAUGCUCCGGUUGGGGCAGAGCAGCAGCCCUUUGAUGGAGUUAGGAGCUUUGACAGGUCUACACCCAGAAGUAAGACUCCCUCCUGUGUGGAUAGUUAUGUGUUAGUCUCUGUUCAUCUGUCUGCCCAUUUGUUCAUUCAUUCAUUCAAGAAGCAUCAAUAGUGCCCUCGGCUCUGCUGGUACCACUCGGCCCCCACCCUCAAAAAGCUCACAGUCUGCAGGAGUGAGGCAGUGUGGUGGGCACCAGCAUGUGGGACCCAGCUAUUAGGGCUGAGAAGGGGACAGAUGCAGUGGAGGGGCUGCCACAAAGGGACACGUGACAUUUGCUGAACCCCAAAUGAGGCACAGGGAGCAAGAAGGGUGGUCGCUGGGCAGGCUGGCACCUGGGGCAGCCUUCAGCACCUUGAGGUCUGGCCACCUGGGCUUCUGGAGCCAGAGUAUGGCUGCGGGAGGGAAAUGGUGGUGGUCUGCUCGCAGUGAGCCAGCAGGGGCUGAGGGAGGCGUGCGGGGUGGGGGUGAAUGUCCACCCUGCCCUCCUCCUGCCCUCUGACCUCCCCAUUUGCUGAACCCCAAAUGAGGCAGUCCAUGGAGGCCAGGCUCUAGAGCACAGAGGGUCUGGAGAGGAGGAGGUGCUAUCCGACCCACAGGCCUAGCGCAGGGUCUCCUUGUCUACAUGAAGUGCUUCAAAGAAUAAACACAGAAAGAUAUUUAAUGAUCGUCUCUGUUCAGGGUGUUUGCCAAGAGCUUCACUUAUAUGUCUGCACUGAAAUUCUUGGCAGUCCGGGAGGGAGGCUCUGAUGUCACCCAUCAGUGGGCUGCCUGCACCUGUGCCCAUUCACGACAGCAGGGCCGGGAUGGCAGAGAAUGGCACUUGCCCUCAAGCGGACCAUGUUCUCUCUCCUCCUCUCCUGUCCUCUUCUUCCUUCCCCUCCCAUCCCUUCGUCUUCUCUCUUCCCCCCUCUCCCUGCUUCUGUCUUCCUCCUCCUCUCCCUCUUCUCCCCUUUAUAUAAAAGCAAACAUGGAUCAUAUUAUGUGCAUGCUCAUCUAUCAUUUGCAUCUCCCAUUAAACAAUGCAUCAUAAAUAGCUUUACAAGCUAACAGAAAUUUAAACUUCCUUUAUAAGCGGUCUAAAACGAAUUGUCACAUGUAGAAUACAUUGUUACAAAAUCCACUCCCAAAUGUUUUUUUUUACCCUGCCAUUACUCUUUAUUUAGCCAUUAUUUUUAUCAUGUAUUUUAUUUUUUUGUCUUAAUGUUUAAAAAUGAACAGUUUUUUUUAAGUGACAGUAAUAGUGGACGUGAUUUUUUUUAAAUCAAACAGUAGAGAGGGAAAUAAAAAAUGGAAAGCAAACAAGCCCCUGCCCGCCUCACCCCCAGCACCACCCAUUGUGUAGAGAGCUCCGCUAACAGUUUCUGGGGCGGGCAAUCCAAAAAAUGAGGGUGUAGAGCUGAGACCAUGUCCCAGCAUUAAUGGGAAAAGACACGACAAAGCAAUUCAGAGUAGAAGACAUAUAAUCAGCCGCAGAUAUACAGGCAGGUGCUCAAACUCCUUAAAUGAAAAUAAGAUUCCAUGUCAUCUCUCAGACUAGCAAAAAGACAGAAGUUUAGUAAACUAUAGAAUAAUAGGCAUGUGGAUAAAUAGUCUCUCUUACCCACUUUUGAUGAGAGUUUAAAUAGGUGCACCAGUUUUUGGUGGGAAAUUCAGUGACACCUGGCAGUUUUCGAAAGCACAUACAGAAAGUCCUAUGAUAGGAAUGUUUUCUUUUUCUUUUUUUUUUUUUUGAGAUGGAGUCUUGCUCUGUGGUCCAAGCUGGAGUACAAUAGUGCGAUCUUAGCUCACUGCAACCUCCGCCUCCCAGGUUGAAGUGAUUCUCCUGCCUCAGCCUCCUAAGUGACUGAGAUUAUAGGUGCCUGCCACCAGGUCUGGCUAAGUUUUGUAUGUUUACAAAAGGCAGGGUUUCCCCAUGUUGGUCACAGUGGUCUCAAACUCCUGACCUCAGGUGAUCCACCCACCUCAGGCUCCCAAAGUGCUGGGAUUACAGGUGUGAGCCACCACACCUGGCCUUCCCGGCAGAGUUUUAAAGCACAUACAGUUAGAUCCAGAUAGUCCUACAAUAGGAACUUUUUCUAUGAGCUCUCAGCACAAGCUAAAAAGAUGCACACUCAGGAAUUCUUCGGGUAGAUUAUGAAAAUCAUUGUCCACCAACAGGGGACUGGUUAAAAAGGGUUGCAAUGCCCAUAUAAUGGAAUAGAUUGCAGCUAUAUAAAGAAUGAGGUGGAAAGUUCUUCAAGAUAUAUUGCUCAUCCAAGUGUGGUGGCUCAUACCUAUAAAUUCCAACACUUUGGGAGGCCAGGGCUGGCGGAUCCCUUGAGCCCAGGGGUUCGAGAUCAGCCUGGGAAACACAGUGAAACCUGUCUCUACAAAAAUUAAAAAUAAAAAAUAUAAGAAAAUGAAAAACUAGCUGGGCAUCGUGGCAUGUGUCUGUGGUCCCAACUACUUGGGAGGCUGAGGUUGGAGGCUCAGUCGAGCCUGGGAGGUACAGGUUGUAAUGAGCUGAGAUCAUGCCACAGCACUCCAGCCUGGUGACAGACAGCACAAGACUCUGUCUCAAAAGAAAAAAAAGAUAAAUUGCUAAGUGAUUUUGUUUGUGUAAAUUUUAAAAUGAUGUAUUGGCCGGGCUGACACCUGUAAUCCCAGCACUUUGGGCAGCCGAAGUGGGAGGAUCGCUUGAGGCCAGGAGUUUGAGACCAGCCUGGGCAACAUAGUGAGAACGCACUCUUCUCAAUGAAAAUUGUUUUAAAUUUUUUUUAAAUGAUGUGCUUAUAAAUACUUGCAUAUGCACACCUUCUGCAAAAUUUCCAGAAGGUUGGGCAAUAAACCAUUAAAGGUGGUAGCUCUCUGAACACCUACAAUGAGCUAUGUCCUUUAUCUCUAAUUCUUCCCAAAACUCGGAAGGAACGCGUUAUUAGCCCCAUUUUGCUGGCAAAAGAUUGAGCCUUAGAGAGUUUAAGUAACUUGCUUCUGGACUUACAGCUAGUAGCUGACUCAAAGCUUUCACUUCAUGCCCUGUAUUAGGUGAAAGGGAACUGAACUUAAAGUCACAAAAGCUGGUCUUCAGUCCUGGAGCAACCUCCAACUAGCUAGUAACCUUUCUCAAGUCGUUUUGCUCGAGAGGCCUUGGUUUGCUGCAUUUUCUGCCUGUCCCGGGAGGUAGCUGUGAGGGUCGUAGUGUAAACGUGGGAGAACGUGGCAAACCAAGACAGAAGGCAUCCAAGAGUUCCACAAGAAUCCAUAGCUGUAAGGGCUUUGGAAGGUCUGAUGUGGAAUAAUUGAGAAGCCAGGAAGACUCCCUGGAGGAAGGGGUAAAGGAGUAACAGCACAAAUAUAUGAAACCUUUUAUUUACAGAGCCAUGUGCCAAGCCUUUCGUACAUGCUUUCCCCAAAGCACCCUACCAGCUCUGGGAGAUGGGACAUUUCCUUUCACCUUGGAUACAGCCUGAGAGAGGGUUUGCGUCCCGCUCAAGUGUACUGUUAAUGUGAUGCAUGGAGCUGGGUUCCAGGCCAACCAGCAGACUCUGGAGCCCCAGCUCCUUUCCCCCUCCUCCUCCUUGCUGCCCAUCUUCAUCCAGCCCAUUCACACUCUCUGCAUCCCUUCCUUAGGUCAGGAAAAGACCACUGAAGGGCCAAGACACAGCUGCCUGGGGGACAGCAUGGACGAAUACAGCGCAUUCAACUUGAAAGACAAGGCUGGGUGCUUCACCAAGUGCAGGCAGUCCGAGAGCGAGCCCUGCGAUGUGGGAAAUUUGCAGAAAUACUGGCUAAACUACGAGGCCCACCUGGUGGAGAAAGGCUUGACAGAGAAGGUGAACAUGUCUUUCCUGAAGGCUUUGGUCCAGAACCUCAGCACCAGCACCACAGAAGACCUGUACUUCUCUCUCAAGCCCUCUCAGAUUCCAAGGCAGGUGAUGAAGGAUGAGGACAAGCCCCCUGACAGAGUGCGACUUCCCAAGAGCCUCUUCGGAUCCCUGCCGGGCAACAGGUCUGUGGUCCGCUUGGCCAUCACUGUUCUGGACAUCGGUCCAGGGAAUCUCUUCAAGGGCCCCCAGCUCAGCCUGGGGGAUGGCAGCAGCGUGUUGAACAAUCGCCUGGUGGGCUUGAGUGUGGGACGAAUGCAUGUCACCAGGCUGGCUGAGCCUCUGGAGAUCAUCUUCUCCCACCAGCGUCCACCCCCCAACAUGACCUUCACCUGUGUAUUCUGGGAUGCGACUAAAGGGCCCACUGGAGACUGGGCUUCUGAGGGCUGCUCCACGGAGGUCGGACCCGAGGGGACCGUGUGCCGUUGUGACCACCUGACCUUUUUCGCCCUGCUCCUGAGACCCAUCUUGGACCAGUCCACAGUGCAGAUCCUCACGCGCAUCUCCCAGGGAGGCUGUGGGGUGUCCAUGAUCUUCCUGGCCUUCACCAUUGUUCUCUAUGCCGUCCUGAGGCUUUCCCAGCAGAGGUUCAAGUCAGAAGAUGCCCCUAAGAUCCACGUGGCCCUGAGUGGCAGCCUGCUCCUGCUGAAUCUGGCUUUCUUGAUCACUGUGGGGAGUGGCUCGAAGGGCUCUGAUGCCACCUGCUGGGCCCGGGGGGCCGUCUAUCACUACUUCCUGCUCUGUGUCUUCACCUGGAUGGGCCUGGAAGCCUUCCACCUCUACCUGCUCGCUGUCAGGGUCUUCAACACCUACUUCGGACACUACUUCCUGAAGCUGAGCCUGGUGGGCUGGGGCCUGCCUGCCCUGAUGAUCAUCGGCACUGGGAGUGCCAACAGCUACGGCCUCUACACCAUCCGAGACAGGGAGAACCGUACCUCUCUGGAGCUAUGCUGGUUCCGUGACGGGACAGCCAAGUACGCCCUCUAUAUCACCGUCCACGGCUACUUCCUCAUCACCUUCCUCUUUGGCGGGGUGGUCCUGGCCCUGGUGACCUGGAAGAUCUUCACCCUGUCGAGUACUACAGCAGUCAAGGAGCGGGGGCAGAACUGGAAGAAGGUGCUCACCUUGCUGGGCCUCUCGAGCCUGGUGGGUGUGACGUGGGGGUUGGCCAUCCUCACCCCCCUGGGCCUCUCCACUGUCUACAUCUUUGCACUCUUCAACUCCUUGCAAGGUGUCUUCAUCUGCAGCUGGUUUACCAUCCUCUACCUCCCAAGGCAGAGCACCACAGUCUCCUCCUCUACUGCACGACUAGACCAGGCCCACUCCGCGUCUCAGGAAUAGGAAGGCAUGGCCCUGCAAUCUGGACUCAGCUCUGACUCUCUGUGUGACCUCGGGCAGCUCUGCGCCUCCCUGGGCCAGUUCCUUUCUCUGUAUAAUGUGGCUGGGGAGGGAGAGGACCAGGUUGGACCACGUGGCUUCAGAGGUCCCAUCCAGAUCCAACUACAGGUCCACAUGAGAGUCCAUGUAAGCAUGUUUGCAGGGGUCUAGAGCUCCUAUAGUCCUGAGACCCCCUGCCAGCAAAGAGUGACAGUCACCUCCAUGCCCUGCCCUCAUUGCAAAGCCCUCACCUACCUUCUGGUCCCAGCAAGGGAAGAGUCUGUGGUUUGUAUAGCCCGGGAAGGAGCCCCUCUCCCCUCCUCCUCCUUGUCACUGGCCUCCUGCAACUCCGCCUCUGGAUGCCUGUAACCUUGAGGGGCAUUCAGGAGGCUAGCGUGCCCUCAGGUAUUGGGGGUUAGUUUUGGUGGGCAGGAGUUGAUCCUCCUACCCAGUCUGCCCCUAGUCUCUACCCAUCAGAGCCCACCCUCCUGGAAGAGAUCCCAACACUUUCAGGGUGCUGGCAGCCCUGCAGGUGUCCAGGGACACUGCAUUUCUGAGAACCACUGAGUGGGCGAGGUACCUUGGGCAAACCCUCCACUCCCCACUCUGACUGCCACGUGGGUGGCCCAACCUCUGACCUGCUGUCAUCAUAGAGGUAGAAGGCAAACCAAUCUGGGGCUCAGCGCACCUGGGAGUUUUCCCAUUCAUUCAACAUGUGGGGCCCAGGGGCGAGGGUGGGGUUGAGGGCUCCCUGAGCAGGGGCUGGGCAUUGCCACUAGAACCUGAGCUCCCAGAGAACAAGGACCUGGGCAGCCUCACUCACUGUUCCAGCCCAGGCCAAGCACAGUGCUUGGCUUGUGGAAGCCUUGAAUAAAUAUGUGUUGGCCGAA